AUGACAAAAGAAAAAAAGUCAAAGUCAGCAAAGGCCAAAAAAAGUCACAAGAACAAGCAUAAGCUUUCGUACAAGGAACCUUUCAUUGAUGAGGUUCCUACACGGAUUAGGCUUUCGUUCAAAAAGAACGCCGAUACAGGCAAAAGUAAGUCAAAAUCAAAGCGUUCUGAAGUUUCUGAAGAUGCUCCUAGAGGAAAUGAAUUUGACGUAGAGAUGCGGGAUGCAGUGGUGGAUAAUUAUGAUUAUGAAGAAGAUGAUGUAAUAGAUAUUAAUGAUUCCACUCUGAAUAUUGAAGCCGGGGAAACCGGCAAUACGAAAAUAAACACGCCCAAAUCUUCAACGACGGCUAACUCAAACAAGAUGGUUCUAAAGCUGAAAUUCAACUUAGAAUCACCUCCAACCACGAAAAAGCAUAAACACAAACAUAAACAUCAUAGGGAACAAACUGAAAGUUCUUCACAUUCACAUAAAAAAGUUACCGGUAAACGUACGACGCGUGAUUCUUCAGAUGACGAGUCCGAUAAAAAUGGCGAUCUAUUCAAAGAAUACGAUAGCAAAUCAUCUCAUGAACGAAAAAAAGCGAAACGCCAUCAUGUUGAUAUUAAUGAGAAAGUUGAGAUUAACGGGGAAAAUAGAAGCAUAGAAACGUGUGGCGAUAGUGUUAAACGACAUGUGAUCGAUAAAACCAAGAAAACGGAGAAAAGGUUGACGAGUAAAUCCAACAUGAAUAAGUCAUACACUGGUAAUACCGAUAAGGGCUUAAUCGGCGAUUCUGUUGGGAAACGUUCGACAGAUGUUGAUUAUAUGUCGAUUCGUGACAAGAAAGGAAAGACUUCUUUAAAAGGUGUUGUUAAAAAGGUCAAAGUUGAAAAGAGUCAAACAUUAAAUGAUGUUAAAAACAAGGAAAUUUUACAUCAUGAUAAUAAUGGUGGGAAUUCAGUCAAUUAUGAGGGUGAGAAUCUUGUAAAAAGUGAAAUAGACGAGAAGUAUACUUUAGACGAUGAUAUUAUAAAAGGAAUCAAUCAUGAUUCGAAAGAAUUAUUGAUGUCUGAACUUGCAAUCAACACAUCCACAUAUUCGCUUCGUGAAAAACGGUCAUACCCACCAGUUACAGAAGAUACAAAAACAAAGAUCGAUGAACGUAGUUCAUCAAAAUCAGUUAAAAAUACGAAGGCAUUUUGUCAAUCCAAAGACGAAACUUCCGCAGAAAUUACUUCUAACACAAUAGAUGUAACUUCAUCUAUUUCAAACGAAUCCCAACCAUCAAUACCACCUUCACAAGAAACAACGAAAGCGAUUACAUCAGGUCUAAAUGAAACCUCGGGCGGAAUUACCAUUUCUGAUCUUGCCACAAAAGAAGAUACGACUAUGUCAAAAUCUGUUGGCAAAAAAGGGCCAGCACGCAAACUUGGAAGACCUCCAAAAUUACAAGAACCACAACGUAAAGCAACGCCACGAACCUGGACCUGGCAAAAAAAGAAAAAGGAUCUGAAAACAAUUUUAACAAAAUUGCUGGAUUCUUUUACUAAGAAAGAUGCGUACGGUUUCUUUUUAGAACCGGUUGAUACCACUAUCGUAACCGAUUACCUCACAAUCAUCCAAAAGCCUAUGGAUUUUGGAACGAUGAGAAAAAAAAUUGAAAGGAAUGAAUAUUCUUCCAUUGACGAAUUCAAGGCAUAUUUUGCUCUUGUAUGUAAUAAUUGUAAGACGUAUAAUGCACCAGAAACACUUUAUUAUAAAAGUGCGGACAAACUAUGGCAAUUUGGCGAUAAAGCAAUAGAACGUGAAAGAGAUAGUAUUCUUUUGGAAGAGGAGAGAAUGAAGGCGUUGGGAGUUGAGAGCGGAAAAAGGGCUACAAAUGUUGCGCAAGGUGUCGCGUCUAGUAGAGCAACAUCUAUUUCAAAGCCGGGGAGACAAGUUCGAAAACAAAGAAGAGGAGAAGCACGUAAACAAUAUGCUCCCGAUGAUGAUCCGUUUACUCUAAUUCCACAACAACCACCCUUUGGCGAAACACCGCUCCUUACAGUUAUAUCAUCUAAAACUCAACGUCAAGCUCGCUUUGAAGAUUAUGGUCCAUUUGCGACAUUGGGGGUUGAUCCACCUUUUUUCACGCCAGCAGAUAAAGACUAUAUUUACAAUAUAUUUGGAGAUGAAAAGGGAUAUGCAUACGCUAAAAGUCUUAAAGCAUUUGUGGCGGAUAUGGGCGAAGACAUGAAUGUGCACGUGGAUAAGAUCAUAGACAAUUUAACUUUUGGUGUUCAUAGCCUUGAUCGACAAGUAUCACAUAUAUUGUCUAAUUUAGAUUCUAACAGACCUAUUGAUACCUCGGUUAUUAUUCAAACCGAGCUUGGACCUGUAAAU